AUGGCUUCAGAGACGCCCCCUGCAGAGACGCCCCCGGAGGAAAGCACCAGCACCAACCCGGCCACUGCUACCGCCGGCCCCGUUCCCGCCCCGCCCCGAGAGCAGACUCCCGGAAAAUACUUUCAAUGGGUGAACAAAAGCGUGCUCGGUCUGCUUGGGAUUUGGUCUAAACAGGCCUUGGACGAAGUGAGCCCGCGUGUUGCUGAGAAGAAGCAAGAAUUCGCCAAUUUCCUCGAUUAUCUGGAGCGUUGCCGCCAAGCAUACCCCAAUACGCUUCCCUCCGAGCUGGUCUCUGUGGACCUUGCCCUUGCCCGUCUUAAGGGUGGUCUCCAGAUCGUUUACAACGACCAAAAAGCUCCUCUUCAGCUCUAUUUCUCGGAUGACGACAAAGAUCGCGCUCGGGCUUUUCAUGACUGGGCUGAGCAGGCCGACGUGCAGCCGGCGGUCUCCCCUGCCACUAGCAAUGGUGAUACCGCAGUCGCCGCAGUCGCCGCCGCAGUCACCGCCUCCACUAGCAACGGUCGCAGCCGCCAGCGCCGCUCUCCCGCCUCCGACAACGCCGGCUACUCCGUUCGUCUCCCUCCCGUCGACCAUCCAAUCUGGGGCAUCCGCAGCAUUAUGCAUGGUGUAGCUCUCACGGGCCAGAACGGAAAAACACAAUGUUUCGAUCCACGAUACAAGAGUGAGCAGCGCAGCGCGGCUGUUUUCGGGCACAACGGUCUCGCCGUCGGCAACUGGUUUGCGUCUCAAAUCCGAGCCGUAUAUUGCGGCGCGCAUGGAAGUUCGGAGGGCGGUAUCCACAGCCGCAAGGACAAGGGAGCCUACUCGGUCAUCGUAACUAGCACUUACGACGACGUCGAUGAGGACCACGGCGACGUACUUUACUAUUCGGGAUCGCGCGCGCUCGAGAACACGAACCCUCUCCAAUGCGCGCCGCGUUCCGCCGGCACCACUGCGCUCCACGUCUCCUACCAGAGCGGCAGAGUCCUCCGCGUUUUGCGCAAGGCAAGUGCGAAGGGCAAGUACGCGGCUUGGGCCCCUGACUGCGGCAUUCGGUACGACGGUCUCUAUCGCAUCACACGGUGCGGCACCAAGAAGAACCAGAAAGGCGGGCUGUAUGAGCAGUUCAAGCUUGUACGCGAGCCCAACCAGACUCCUCUGGAGGACCUGACCAGCAUCCCCAGCCUCGCUCAGCGCAACGACUAUGCAAGGAUUGGAGAGGGCUUCGUGCCCGUGCAGUAG